AUGCAAUGUCUUGAUCACCCUAUCUCACUGUGCACCCUUUUUACACGGAUUUCGAGAGUGUUUUGGCCUGUACUGAGAGCGCCAGCUUCACCAGUGGAAGUAGCAGAUGCAGAAUGCAAAACACUCGUUGAGCGAGAAGCAGAAGCGGCAGUUCCAGUGGCAGAUGAAACGUGGCUGCCGCCGAAGUGCGCAGUAGAUGAAGCAAUAACGGAGAUAUGGCUAGUAGUAGAUCACACAGCAGUGGAAGUGUUACUAGCAAUAGAUGAAGCAAGCUAUGAGGCUGACAUUAUAAUCGAUGAGGCCAAUUCAGCGUUCGAUGAGGAUGAGGCGGUCACUGAUGAGACGCGGGAUAACGCUGAAGAUGCGGCGCCAGCUGUGGAGGAUAUGCGUGGUGAGAUAGCAAAGGAGGCAGUACUGACGAUGGAGGAGUGGUCUGAUCGGAACGCUGGAUGA